UCCUGACACAUAGAUGUUGUGGUAAAUAUUAAUAAAAUAAUCUCUACCAUCCUGUGCUAUUGCUGGGUCUUGUCAGCCCCAUGGCAUCUGAGGGGUAUUUCCAUCUCAGUCAGAAAAGCAUUUCACUGUCUUACCGACUAAGCUCUCAAUCUCCAUCCUAUGCUGCUACCUGGUACUCUCUGAGCCCAGCAGCAGUCGCCCUCUUGCAACUGUCUUGUUUCAGACUCUACUCAUAUUCCCAGCAUCCAUCCCCUGAGGUUAUAGUCACAACUUCCAGUUACCCGUUGAAAUCAAAACUGAAUAACCUUGUAAUUUAGCAAUCAGAUUUAUAUCUUAAAUUCUCAAUCCACAAAAUGUCCACAUAAUAAACUCACAACAAAUUGAUAAUGAUUUAAACUGCCCAUUUAGAUAAGAAAAAUUGUCCUGUAAAAAUCCAUCCCUUAAUAAAAUUCAUAACUACUCGUACAUUUAAAGCCACACAGAUCUGGGUAGUCCUUCUCUGCCUUCAUCAUGGUUCAUCUCCUUUCUCUUUUCCUCUCUCCCACCUCAAAAAACUGUCCCCUCCUUACUUUUUCACUGUCCACUCACGGGCCUUGCCUUAUCUUGUGCCUGCCCUCACCUACAUAAAGAACACAAUCUACAGACUGCAGAGGAUUGCUGGUCUGUCCUCAGUGACAGAAGAUGGACCUAACCCUUGAGAGACUUGCAGCCCCAGGGAAUGGGGAGGCCUGGUAGGGUCAUCCUCUUGAAGACACGGGGUUGUGGGGAAGAGGAAUCGGAUGAGGAAAUGUUGGAGCAAGGAAUGGGAGUGGUUAAUGACUGGACUGGAAAAAAGAAUAAAGAUAAUAAUAAAAAAGAAAACAAAACAAAACCCCCAAAGUUUUUAUUAAAAAAAGACAUUUCGAGCCUCAGUCCUUCUUUAUUCUAGCAGUGUUUCUGAGGAUUCUGGUUUUGCCCUCUCUACAGUUUACAUCUCAGUCUUCAAAUAUCAAUGGAUAAUUCUUUCAGAGUAUGCUGGGACUGAUGUCCUAGGAAAUUAAGAUAGAGGGAACUGUGGCAUUCAUUACUGUUUAACUUUGUCAAAUGUUUAUAUAUUAUCCAUCGGAGAGAUGUCAUAAUAGGAGACAGCAUUUGGCACAAUAUGUUUCUUUUUUCCUUUCUCUCAGAGUCAGCUUUCAUUAAGCAAUUUCCUGUUUUCGGUUUGGUCAAGUGGAGGGGCAGAAAAUCAUGAGGUUGAGUAUCACUCUGAGUAAAUUUAUUUCUGCCUUUCCUCUUGGAACCUUUUAUGAGAAUCAGACCAGGAAAGCCAACUUGUACACCACAAUUGGAGGAUCAAUUUCUUCCACCAGAAUCAUUUCAGGGCAACAAUACAGAAAUCACUCAAGGACAUAUUUUAACAGAGAAUAUCCCCUAUAAACUCCCAAAAUGAGUGAACAGGAGGUCACUUAUUCAAGUCUGAGAUUUUCUAAAUCUUCACGGCUGCAUAACCAAGUGAAGCCUGAGGAGACUAGAGGGCCCAGAGAAGCUGGCCACAGAGAGUGUUAUGUCCCGUGGCACCUGAUUGUGAUAGCUUUGGGAAUCCUCUGUACCCUUCUUCUGGUAACUGUUGCAGUGUUGGUGACAAACAUUUUUCAGUAUAGUCAAGAGAAUCAUGAACUGCAGGAAACACUAAACCAACACAACUGCAGUGCCAUGCAAAAUGACAUCGACUUAAAGGAAGAAAUGCUGAGAAAAAAGGCGAUAGAGUGUAGUCCAGGCAAUGAUCUUCUGGAAUUGCUCAACAGAGAACAGAACAGAUGGUACAGCAAAACCAAGACUGUCAUAAAUUCCUUACAACACACAAGCAACGAAAUUGAAACACACUGGUUCUGCUACGGUAUAAAAUGUUAUUAUUUCAUCAAGGACAGAAAAACAUGGCAUGGAUGUAAACGGAUCUGCCAGAAUUCCAAUUUAUCCCUUCUGAAGAUAGAUGAUGAGGAUGAAAGGAAGUUCCUUCAGCAACAGGUUAUCCCAGACAAUUACUGGAUUGGAUUGUCAUAUGAGAAAGAAAAAAAUAAAUGGGCAUGGAUUGAAAAUGGACCAUCUGAACUUGCUUCAAACACAAAGAUAUUCAAUGAAAGGGAUGGAGCUUGUGUAUUCUUAUCUAAAACAAAACUAGACAGUAUUGACUGUAAUAAUUUAUACAGCUGUAUUUGUGGGAAGAGAUUGAAUAAAUUCCCUGAUUUACUCUUCAAUGAAUGUUAAAGUGCAAACAGAGACACAAUCUGGAAGAUUGGUGAAUGUUCUGGAUUCUGGAAUCUGACUUGACAGAGCAGAGGACAUCUACCUUCCUGGUGUAUACAAGAUAGAUAUUGGUCAGGCUUUCCCCCAAAGCCUGGAUGAAAGUUUUGUUUGUUUCAUAAAAUUCCAUAGAACUAAAUAAAGAACCCUAAUAUCA